AUGAGGCAAGAGGCCCCACAACUGGAAGCUCCACGGCAUCGUCCUAGCCGCGACCAUGGCCAAAGCCGCGACCGCAGCGCCAACAACAUUAACGGAGGAGCUGCAGCUGCCGCUGCCGCUGCCGCUGCAAAGGGCUGCGAAAGGUGGAAGCCAAAUGCGGCCCUCCGGUUGACCGCCCUGGUGGCCAGGCAACAGGUGCACGCCGCCGCCGUGGGACUGAAGUGCGAGGGAAAGAGCGCCGUCUGCGUGGGACCACUCUCCUACCAGCUGUGCGUCGAUGACCUGACCUCCGGUCCGGUGGUGCCCUGCGAACUGAACACCCGCUGCGUCACCGACGGCCUCGAGAUCUGCGUGCCGGUCAAGUCGGCCGCCGAGGCGCCCACGGCGGCGGUUGCCAAGAUGGUGACCAUCACCGACAGCCCCGUUGUGAGUGAGUCCGCUCCGCUCGUGGAUUCCACCAGCAGUGGUGCCGGCGUGGAGAUCUCCACCGAGGGUGCUGGUGCACCAGCCGGCGUUGUUCCGACUAAGCCAUCUGCUCCGGCGGUGACCACUCAGGCUCCGGUGGAAACCACGCAGGCUCCGCUUGAAACCACUCAGGCUCCGCUUGAAUCCACUCAGGCUCCGCUGGAAACCACUCAGGCUCCGCUAGAAACCACCCAAGCUCCCGGCGAGACAACUACAGUAGCCAUUGAGGAGACCACCACUGGAUCGGAAGCACCACUGGAGCCGGAGUCGACGGUGCCCAGCAACACAGCUCCCGUGGACUCCACAUUGUCACCCGGAUCGGAAGGCACUAACCCAACCAUUGAACCCAAUGCGCCAGGAGCAGACCCCAACGCUCCCGCGGGAACUACUCUUGCUCCAGGCGAACUCGACCCCAAUUCCCCUCUGGACCCCAACGCACCCGAAGAAUCUACUAACGAACCCGGAUUAGUUGACACCACCCUACCGGCUGACACCACUGUUGCUCCAGAUUCUCCUGUCGAAGGAUCAACCGCAGCUCCCGGAACCCCGGCUGAUGUAACCACUGCCGCUCCUGGAAACCCAGCUGAUGUCACUACUGCCGCUCCUGGCGCUCCAGCUGAGGGAUCCUCUGCCGCUUCUGGCGCUCCAGCUGAGGGAUCUUCUGCCGCUCCUGGUGCUCCUGCUGAUGUUACCACCGCCGCUCCUGGCGCUCCAGCUGAGGGAUCUUCUGCCGCUCCUGGCGCUCCAGCUGAGGGAUCUUCUGCCGCUCCUGGCUCUCCUGCCGAAGGAUCCUCUGCUGCUCCUGGCUCUCCUGCCGAAGGAUCUUCCGCAGCUCCUGGUGCUCCUGCUGAUGUUACCACCGCCGCUCCUGGCGCUCCAGCUGAGGGAUCUUCUGCCGCUCCUGGCGCUCCAGCUGAGGGAUCUUCUGCCGCUCCUGGCUCUCCUGCUGAAGGAUCUUCCGCAGCUCCUGGUGCUCCUGCUGAUGUUACCACCGCCGCUCCUGGCGCUCCAGCUGAGGGAUCUUCUGCCGCUCCUGGCGCUCCAGCUGAGGGAUCUUCUGCCGCUCCUGGCUCUCCUGCUGAAGGAUCUUCCGCAGCUCCUGGUGCUCCUGCUGAUGUUACCACCGCCGCUCCUGGCGCUCCAGCUGAGGGAUCUUCUGCCGCUCCUGGCUCUCCUGCUGAAGGAUCUUCCGCAGCUCCUGGUGCUCCUGCUGAUGUUACCACCGCCGCUCCUGGCGCUCCAGCUGAGGGAUCUUCUGCCGCUCCUGGCGCUCCAGCUGAGGGAUCUUCUGCCGCUCCUGGCUCUCCUGCUGAUGGAUCUUCCGCAGCUCCUGGUGCUCCUGCUGAUGUUACCACCGCCGCUCCUGGCGCUCCAGCUGAGGGAUCCUCUGCUGCUCCUGGCUCUCCUGCCGAAGGAUCUUCUGCCGCUCCUGGUGCUCCUGCUGAUGUUACCACCGCCGCUCCUGGCGCUCCAGCUGAGGGAUCUUCUGCCGCUCCUGGCGCUCCAGCUGAGGGAUCUUCUGCCGCUCCUGGCUCUCCUGCUGAAGGAUCUUCCGCAGCUCCUGGUGCUCCUGCUGAUGUUACCACCGCCGCUCCUGGCGCUCCAGCUGAGGGAUCCUCUGCUGCUCCUGGCUCUCCUGCCGAAGGAUCUUCUGCCGCUCCUGGCGCUCCAGCUGAGGGAUCCUCUGCUGCUCCUGGCGCUCCAGCUGAGGGAUCCUCUGCCGCUCCUGGUGCUCCUGCUGAUGUUACCACCGCCGCUCCUGGCGCUCCAGCUGAGGGAUCCUCUGCCGCUCCUGGCGCUCCAGCUGAAGGAUCUUCUGCCGCUCCCGGCGCACCAGCUGAUGUUACCACCGCCGCUCCUGGCGCUCCAGCUGAAGGAUCCUCUGCCGCUCCUGGCGCUCCAGCUGAGGGAUCCUCUGCCGCUCCUGGCGCUCCAGCUGAAGGAUCUUCUGCCGCUCCCGGCGCACCAGCUGAUGUUACCACCGCCGCUCCUGGCGCUCCAGCUGAAGGAUCCUCUGCCGCUCCUGGCGCUCCAGCUGAGGGAUCCUCUGCCGCUCCUGGUGCUCCUGCUGAUGUUACCACCGCCGCUCCUGGCGCUCCAGCUGAAGGAUCCUCUGCCGCUCCUGGCGCUCCAGCUGAGGGAUCCUCUGCCGCUCCUGGCGCUCCAGCUGAAGGAUCUUCUGCCGCUCCCGGCGCACCAGCUGAUGUUACCACCGCCGCUCCUGGCGCUCCAGCUGAAGGAUCCUCUGCCGCUCCUGGCUCUCCUGCUGAAGGAUCUUCUGCCGCUCCUGGUGCUCCUGCUGAAGGAUCUUCUGCCGCUCCUGGUGCUCCUGCUGAUGUUACCACCGCCGCUCCUGGCGCUCCAGCUGAGGGAUCCUCUGCCGCUCCUGGCGCUCCAGCUGAGGGAUCUUCUGCCGCUCCUGGUGCUCCUGCUGAUGUUACCACCGCCGCUCCUGGCGCUCCAGCUGAGGGAUCCUCUGCCGCUCCUGGCGCUCCAGCUGAGGGAUCUUCUGCCGCUCCUGCUGAUGUUACCACCGCCGCUCCUGGCGCUCCAGCGGAAGGAUCUUCUGCCGCUCCUGGUGCUCCUGCUGAAGGAUCUUCUGCCGCUCCUGGCGCUCCUGCUGAGGGAUCUUCUGCCGCUCCUGGUGCUCCUGCUGAUGUUACCACCGCCGCUCCUGGCGCUCCUGCUGGCUCAGUUAUACCAUCGAUUCCGGUACUUCCUGGCGGAGCUGGCUCUUGGCCUUGGCAUCCUCGACCGAACAUUCCAAUCCUGCCGCCAACCUGGAGGCCUCUUCUUCCUGGACAAAAUGGCUCAGGUGCUCCUGGCAGUGGGCUAAUCAAUGGCAGCGUCAACCCGCCCCAACGCCCACAUCCCUUCUGGCCCAACUGGCAAAACUGGGUGAACAGCUGGCGGCCAACAAAGCCAGUUCCUGUCCAACCGCAGAACCCUCAACAGCCUGGAAACAGCAAUUCCGAGAACGCCGAAAGCGUGGAGCAGGCUGCUCCAGUUCCACCAGCCGAAGGACCAGCGUCCAACGAGAAUGCCUCCAUUGAGGACAGCAACAAAGCUUCCAGCGAGAAGUCGAAGGACAAGCCAAAGUCCGGCGAGGAUCAGUCCAAGGAGCAGGAGCAGAAGAAGCCGAGCUCUGAGGAGAAGGAGAAGGACAGCAAGGAGAAGAACGACAAAGACAGCAAGGAGAAAAAGGACAGUGACAAAAAGGAAAAUAAGGACAAGUCCAAGGAGGAGAAGGAGAAGGACAACGAGUCCCAGAAGGACAACGAAGGCGACGACGAGCCGAGCUCCAAGGAGAAGAAGCGAUUCGUUAAGGAGCUGAUCAACAAGCUGAAGAAGAGCGACGAGUGCGACGAGGACGACGUCUAUCCGGAUGUCCGCGACUGUCGCAAGUACUACCGCUGCGAGGUGAAGAACUCCGGCAAGCACAAGUUGGCCCACCUGCGCUGCGACAAAAAUGAGCGAUUCGAUUGGCUUGCCGAGUCCUGUGUGCCCAAGGACGAGGCCCGCUGCCUGGAGAAAUAGGACCUGUGCCAGUCCACAUCGCCACCUCCGUUCGCCCUGCCGCUUUCCUAUGAUAAUCCACAAUCAACUGUAAUAUUGGCAAUGAUAUUCUAUCUCCAUUUGCUUGGUCCAACCUAAUUUAUUGCGCUUAAAUAUCCUUAAUUUGUUUGUUUUCCCUAUUAAAUCUUGAACUUCAUGAAAAUCUGGCAAA